AGAUGUAUUCAACAUGACUGCAGGUGUAUCAAUUACCUCCCUUUACACAUCAUGUUCAAACUCCUCUCACUAGUCCUCUAUGCAGCUCUCGCGUUAUGUCAAAAUAACACAAAUUCAACCACUUAUACCAACCCAAUUCUGGAUGCUGGUGGUGCGGAUCCAUGGGUCAUUCGUCACGAUGGCUGGUAUUACAUGACCUUCACCAACAAUAACGAUGUUACCCUCUGGCGUAGCAAAAUCCUUACGAACUGGAACGAAGCAGAGUCGAGAUUACUUUUUAAGCCUCCUCCAGGCCUCAACUACUCCACCGAUCUAUGGGCUCCCGAACUUCACAACUUGAACGGCGUGUGGUAUGUCAUCUUCACAGCCGAUCCACGCAAUGACAGUCCGCCACCCGAAGUCGAGAUGUGGUGUGAAUACAACUGUCCCGCCGUUCACCAUCGAAUGUUCACCCUCGAAGGACAAGGUGAUGAUCCAUGGACUGCCGAAUUCACAUUCAAAUCAGAACUCGACACAUACGAUCAAUUUGCCAUCGACGGCACCUACUUUCAGCAUUCGACAGGCCUGUACCACAUUUACAGCUGUUGGAACCGAGGUACCGAUGGCUGGCCCGCCAACCUCUGCAUCACCCAACUCGAGAAUCCCUGGACGGUUUCCUCACCCUUUUCCGAGCGUCAAAUCAUCUCCGUGCCUACUCUGCCAUGGGAGAAGACUCCAUAUGGCCGCACAGUCAAUGACCGAUUAUCAUCCAACGAAGGGCCCCAGCAACUCACCAACCCUACAACAGGCCAACAGUUUGUAAUAUUCAGCGCUGCUCGCUCCGACAAUCGGAAUUACUGUCUGGCCCAGCUGGAACUGGUUGGAGACAAUCCGAUGAACCCUUCCGAUUGGCGCAAACAUCAAUACCCGAUUUUCUUCCAGAACCCAGAAGAAGAGGCAUACGGCGUCGGCCAUGCAAGUUUUGUCAAGAGUCCAGAUGAGACAGAAGACUGGAUCGUAUAUCACGGUAUGAGGGACCCAACGAAUGGGUGGGGAGCACGCACCAUCAGAACACAGCGCUUCACGUGGAAUGAGGAUGGGAGCCCCAAUUUCCCUGAGCCUGGGUACGGACCUUAUCAAGUUCCCUCGGGGCAAUCCUAG